AUGCCCAAUUCUGACAUCUUGGAUGAAAAGUCAAUAUCAGAAAUAGAAACUCUAUUCUCCAUGUAUCCUACAGACUACAGAUUCCAUAAAGAUUCAAUUUUCUAUGAUGUACUGGCUCGACCAAAGUUGAAAGAAUUCGUUUGCUUUCCUAUACGAACCAUGUUUAUUCCCACAUAUAUGACAGUGGAUAGUAAGAUCGUUAACUUCCAUAUUCUCAAAAACAAGAAGCCUGCGAAGGAUAAAAUUAAAACCUGGGCUCAAGCUUUUAAAGAACAAGGAUUAAAUAAGUCUCUUCAUUUUGAAGGAACUUUGGAGACUGAUGGAAUUGGUGUUUCUAUUCUAAAGCAAAAUACUGCUACAACUAGGAAGAAAAAGCUAACAGAAGAUAGUCCUGGAACUUCAAAAAAGGAAGAGCUGGCAAGUGCGAAUGGAAGAUGCAUUUUGAUUGAUCCUGAAAGACGUGAUAUUUUAUACUGUAUGAAAGAAACCAGUGUGGUCAAGCACAAGAAAGUUCUUGUUUUUACAAAAAAUGACAGAUCAAAAAGAUCAAGACACUUUAGAACUUUACGAAAGUCAACUAAACCAUCCAUGGUUGAAUCCGAUGAAGCUCUUCUUUCCAAAACCCCGUCAUCCACUGUAGAUGUACUCAAAUUUGUAGAUUACAUUAAGACAAGAUCAUCAAUGGAAAAAGUAUUAAACCAAUACUAUGGAAAUGAAACAAAAUCAUCCAAAGAUCUUUACUUCCCCGGCUCCCUGUUUGACUUUUGUGUGGAUGAGAAAAGCAACUUGUAUUUUAGACAUUUAUUCGUCUUAAAUAUUCAAGACAUCGUUUCUUCUCCUGACACUCGAACGCAAUCUCAACCGUACCAUACGUACUUGCAGCUAAUGUUACAGCAACGACAUAUCUCAGAGAGAUUGGACGAUGGAGUCAAAAAUACGGUGCUUGAACUUGCAGAGAAGAUGAUCGUGGAUGAAGAAGUCAACCUAAAACAACAUAUCGGGGAAUUGUUGGAGAAACUUCAAGUUUUGCCAUUCCGAAAGCUGAAGUUUUCAUCCAAAAUUUUCUGUGAUCAAAAUGACCAGAUAUUAGUGAAGAAGUUGAAAAAGAAGUUUGGUCAUGAUGAGAUUCUUGUUAUUGGCAAUUGGUCUGCUUCAAACACAAAAUAUCACGAGCCAACCAGGAACAAAGGUCUCAUUCGAAUGCUGAAGAAAAACGGCUUCCAAGUAUUCAAGAUUGACGAAUAUAAGACUUCUUCAUGUUGCCCCAACCUGUGA